AUGGCGAGUCAGAUGGCCCUUCUCCUCUCUUGUCAACUCCGCACUGUUGACCCCAGGCUUUUCCGGUGUGGCUAUGAGGAUGCUUGGUUUGCCUUCCUCCGCUCCGCAUUCCCUUUCCCAGCUGGAUUCAACAUCUGCCCUGAGUGCUGGCCUUCCAGGGGUCGGCAAUGUUUCCGCUUCGAAGUCAAAUAUGGCUGGGAGCACACAGUGUUUGUCGUGCACCAGAAAUCGGCGGCGGAGAUGGACUACGCAAAGGAGCUCAAAAACUGUCCUCUACCCGCUUUCCGUGGACUGAGCGCGUUGGGAACCACCUUUGCUUUGUAUGCCGAACAGCACACCACCAUCACCCCUCCUUCCCCUCCCACUUGGAGCCACAGUGUUCUCGACCUUGACGGGGUCUGCAGCAUCCUGGAGAUUGUCGAGGCCGUCAAGAAGGACUGCAAGGAGCUCAAAAGAUCGAGGAGGCUCACUGCCAAGGCUACUGCAAAGCAGGCCAUGUAG